GGAACGUUCGUGGCGGAGUUGUUUCUAGGGGGGAUCAUUUUGGAAGCAGGAGCGUCACACUGGCCAAACAACCAAAGCCCUGUCCAGACUGAUGUUUCGGGUCGUAAGGGAGCUAAAUGUUUUUAACACCGCGUUGUUAAGCUAUUAUAAAACGAACUUUUGGUGCAGGUACAAACAUUUCAGUCCACGGCUGUUGGGUAGUGGUAACCAAGGUUAAGUUACUUGUAGCUAGUGUUCACUGGUAGCAAUGACAUUGACAGGCGAGAGUAAUAUGACAGCUCGAUGUGAAAUGAACUAUGUUAAGUAAAAGAAAAAGUAACGUAAACGUCCUGUGGCAGUCAUUUCCACAUUAGGAUGGGGAAUUCCAGCCCUCUCAGAUAAUAGACGAGGCUGAGGUUGCAAAAGACCUGGCUGCUGUUAGGCCAGUCUGAGGAGUGAAUCAGGACGAGUCGCGAUACCAGCAAGGACAAUGGUUUUACUGUGUGUUAAUCUUUUGAGGAGCAGUCGCUUCUGUUCCCUUCCUGCACAUCUGACACGAAACUUCCAGGUCUGCAAAGACGCUGCAAAUCCCCUGAAGGCGGCACACUCGGUCUCCUCUCAGAUCAGCUGUCGUAGAACAAGUCACUCUGUUCACCUCAGACCUCUCUUAUUCUGUAGCUAUGGAGGGACAGUGCGUUUCCAGAUUCGUCCCAAAGCCACUUUACCCCUGCACUCUGGUCCUGUCCUGACACAGUGCGGACACCACUUCCACACCUCAGCCCGCGUGAGGGCCCUGCCCGCUCCUCUCUUAUGGCUGGUGCUCAAACCUCUGCAGAAGCUCAUGGCUAUAAUACUGGGCAGGAGUAUAAGGAAGUGGUGGGUGGCUCUACCAACCAACCGCCGGCAGCUCAUGCGCGAAUGGGUCUGGCAGCGCCGCUGGCAGCUGGCAGCAGGGGCAGGCGUUGCUAUGGUGAUUAUAGUCCUCCUCCUCCUGACCCACCUGGAAGAGUCCCCGGUGACGGGACGGACCCGCCUCCUGGUGUUUAGCAGAGAGAACUACAUGGAGCUGGCAGCUCUGACUUCAGAGGCGUACAUGGAGGAGUUUGCAGAGCUGCUGGUUCCAGUCACUGACCCUCGUCACCAGGUGGUGGAGCGGGUGGUGCAGCACCUGGCACAGAGGAACAAGGACAUCCCUGAAGUGUCUCAUGUCACCUGGAGCGUCCACGUGGUGCAAAGUCCCAACAUCAACGCCUUUGUCCUCCCGAACGGGAAAGUGUUCAUGUUUACGGGGAUGCUGGACGCUGUGGCAGAUGUUCACCAGCUCACCAUUGUCCUGGGACACGAGAUGGCUCAUGCUUUAUUGGGGCACUCUGCAGAACAGGCCAGUCUGUCUCACGUCGUGGACCUCCUGUCCCUUAUUCUGCUGACAGCCAUCUGGGCCGUGUGCCCUCGAGACAGCCUGGCACUGCUGGGACAGUGGGUACAGGACAAGCUUUCUCAGUUGAUGUUCAGCCGUCCUUACAGUAGGAAACUGGAGGCAGAGGCUGAUCAAGUCGGAUUGGAGUUGGCUGCUAAGGCGUGUGCAGAUGUGCGAGCAGGCCCUGUAUUCUGGCAGCAAAUGGAAAUCAGAGACCAGCUGAAGGGAGAGCCCACCCUUCCCGAGUGGCUGUCCACACACCCGUCACACAGGAACAGAUUCACUCAGCUGGACCGCCUUAUACCACAGGCACUGGAGUUGAGGGAGAGCUGCGUCUGCCCUGCUCUUCCUGCUACUGACCCUCGUGCCGUCUUCUCCAAGAGUGUCCGUGUGUUGAUGGAAAACGCUAAGGACCAGGGGAGAGGAGGGCAAGAAGGGGCACGUAAGCCCCACCUGCCCCACCGCCCGGCCUCACUCCCCACUGGACUGCCUGCAGCUCUGCUUGCUCAAACUGCCCUUCCUCCUUCCCCAAAUGUGGAUCAAGAAAGUAAAGGCCCAGUCCCAUUCGUAGCUUCAGAGUUAGCUGUAGCAGCCCCUGUCCCUGCUGCUGCCGAGAGGGAAGGAUCCCAGCACAUGGUGCACAAUACCAGCUGACAGAGGUGUUAAAUCUUCACAAACUUCUAGACUGGCUAUAUCGAUGAGUAAACGAGUGAGUGAGUGGUAUUGGUCAGCUAGCAUAUUCGCCAAACUAUUCACAGCUGCUAAAAGAUUGUUUUCAUCGUCUGUUAAAUUUCAGAGCCCUUGAGUGCACAGGUGGUAAAGGGGUUAAGUUCCCACCCACCAUCACAAUCACAGAAAGCCAGUGUUAGUCCUUUUCGCUAUGCUAGAGACUCCUACUAGUUGCCAGCACAAUUGUGGGUGGAGCUGGGGGUGGUAGUGUGAAAAGAAGUGGCUGGGGCCAUUCUUAAUUUUUGAGAUAAUUUGUGGAAAAAGUCAGCAAAAAUAAAUAGAAAAAGAAAAGAAGGCCGCUAACCUUUCCCUCUACCCUGCUGACUGAAGUUCAGAGAAUGUUAUUCAUGCCUAGUGACUACAAAGAGGCCACAUUAAUUAGAUAACAUCGAACAGGGAAAUGCUAAAUGAAUCUUGGUAAAGCUUCCAUAUAUUGCGAGAUUAAUAUGUGCAUUAUUCAUCAACACACGGCAACAGACGAGAGUAAGCACUUUGUGUGUGCUUGUUGGAGGCUUCGUCCAUGCCAGGCAGAGGACAUCUACAUUCUCAUUAUGACUACUGCAUUCUCAUGCCACACACAGCACUUUAUGCAUUCUCUAGCCUGAGGGACUUAAUGGUGUAAAUUUAUGCUGGGUUGUUUGCAGGUUUUAAAACACAGCCUUCUGCGCAGGAAUGCCAAUAUCCACUGUCAAGCUUUAAGAAAUAUUUCGUGGGAUUUUGUAAAAUCUUAUUUAACAAGGCAAGUUGACUGAGAAAACAUUCUUAUUUACAGCAACAGCCUGCGGGAGCAGUCGCACAAUGAAGAGGGGAGGGCAGUUAUGGUUCAUAUCUUGGUAAUCUUUUGUGUGUGUGUGUGUGUGUGUGUGCUGAAACAAAGUAGCACCCUUGGUUAAACUGUGAAAUCAAAAAAGCGCUGCUGUGUUUUCAUUUGGGAUGAAUUAUUUUAUUUAUGUCAUGCAUUUUAGGUGCAGGGCCUGUAUCAGCUUACAAAACAUCAGUCAACAGUCUUUACACGUGCUGUGGAAGCUUUGUUUUACUGCAGACAGGGUAGGUCUACAUUAGAGUCCGUGUCUAUAUUAGAAUAAGUGGCAGGUGAUAGGGUUUGUACAAAACUGCAAUGAAAAGCCAAAGGAGUAUUGGUUUUUGCAUAUCAAUAACUCAGCAGGAACGUGCUCUGUUUGCAAGUGGCAGGCAAAAAAUAAAAAAUAAUUACUUUAUUAUUAUUUUAGUUUUUUCUUUUCCAUUGUAAGAUCCACUGAAAUCAGUGAUCAAACGUGCAUUUAUCAACAACAUAAAUGAGGAUUAUGGAAACGCAGUAAUAGUAAUAUGUACUGUGUGUGUUUGCAUGUGUGAGAGAGUAAGAGGUAAUUAUCAGCAUGUGACAUUGCAUAAGAACAUCAAACCAAUUAGACAAUGGAUCAAAGAUGAGAAGAGAUGUAGACUGAGUUGUCUGCAUUUUCCUCUGAAGUGUACAUAUGUGUCUUUGUGCCAACUGUUACAAGUUCUUGCCUCUUGAUCACAAGAUCAAUCUUGUGAUAUCUCUGUAUUAAAGACCAUUGGAUCAACA